AUGUCGAAACGAACAAGCAGCGCCGUGACCAACGGCAGCCUGAAGGAGGGCGGUGACGUGAGCACGCCUGCGCAGGACAAGCAGAAGCUUCUUCUUUCGUCCGAGACGGGCCAUUUUUCUCUCAUCCGAGCGAUGCACCUGGCUGACCUCAUUACUCUGUGCAACGGUACGCUUCCUCGGCUGUUGGCCAACAGUGCUGGCGAUCUAUCUUUUCCCAGGAAACCAUGCUCACUGACGUGUCACAGGCGCCUGCGGAACACUCUCCAUCUUCACCUCCCUCAGCUACUGCCUAGGCGACCCGGCCGACCUCUCGACCAUGUACCUCGCCCUCUUCUUCCUGCCGUUCGGCCUCUUCUUCGACUUUAUGGACGGCAAGGUGGCGCGCUGGCGCAAAAAGUCGUCCCUCAUGGGCCAGGAGCUCGACUCGCUCGCCGACCUCAUCUCGUUCGGCGUCGCCCCCGGCGUCCGCCCGCUUACGCCCUCGGCCUGCGCACGCCGCUCGACCGCCUGCUCCUGACCUUUUUCGUCCUCUGCGGCCUCACGCGCCUCGCCCGCUUCAACGUCACCGUCGCCGUGCUGCCCAAGGACGCCAGCGGCAAGAGCCAGUACUUUGAGGGCACCCCGAUCCCCACGUCCCUCGCCACCGACAGCGUCAUGGCCUACUGGAUCUACACCGGUGCCGUCCUCGACAAGCUGCCCCUCGGCACCCUCUUCGCCGGCUCCUUGCUCGAGUUCCACCCCGUCGCCCUCCUCUUUGUCGUCCACGGCUGCCUCAUGACGAGCCGCCGCAUCCGCAUACCGAAGCCUUGA